UUUUCUACUUCCUUUCACACCGGCGCUUAGCAGGAAAAUUGCGGCACUCCCGUGUGGUUUAAUAAAACCUCUGGAUUGAGUGUUGCAACGUUUAAGGACAUGGCGAAGUUCCACGCGCCUGUGAUCCAGGACAACCCUUCGGGCUGGGGCCCCUGUGCUGUCCCGGAUAAGUUUAAGGACAUGCCCUAUCAGCCCUUUAGCAAAGGAGACCGUCUGGGCAAGGUCGCUGACUGGACCGGAGCAACUUACCAGGAUAAGAGAUACACAAACAAGUACUCGUCUCAGUGGGGCGGGAGCCAGUAUGCGUACUUCCAUGAGGAGGACGAGACCAGCUUCCAGCUGGUGGACACUGCCAAGACGCAGAAGACUGCCUACCAGAGGAACCGCAUGCGCUUCGCUCAGAGGAACCUGCGCAGGGACAAGGACCGCAGGAACCUAACCCAGUUCAACAUGCAGACUCUGCCCAAGAGUGCCAAGCAGAAGGAGAGGGACCGCAUGCGUCUGCAGAAGAAGUUCCAGAAGCAGUUUGGUGUUCGUCAAAAGUGGGACCAGAAAUCCCAGUUGAAGCCCCGAGACUCGUCUGUGGAGGUACGGAGCGACUGGGAGGUGAAGGAGGAGAUGGACUUCCCCCGCUUGAUGAAGAUGAGAUACAUGGAGGUUGAAGAUCCCACUGACAUCGAGUGCUGCGGGGCGCUGGAGUACUACGACAAGGCCUUCGACCGCAUCACGACUCGCAACGAGAAAUCCCUGAGGAGCAUCAAGAGGAUCUUCCACACGGUGACCACCACCGACGACCCCGUGAUCCGCAAGCUGGCUAAGACUCAGGGCAACGUCUUUGCCACCGAUGCCAUCCUGGCCACCCUGAUGUGCUGCACGCGCUCAGUCAACUCCUGGGACAUCAUCGUCCAGAGGGUGGGCAACAAGCUCUUCUUUGACAAGAGGGACAACUCUGAUUUUGAUCUGCUGACCGUGAGUGAGACAGCCAACGAGCCCCCUCAGGAUGAGGGCAACUCCUUCAACUCCCCCCGCAACCUGGCCAUGGAGGCCACCUAUAUCAACCAUAACUUCAGCCAGCAGUGCCUCCGCAUGGGAUCGGAGAGACACAAGUUCCCCAACUCCAACCCGUUUGUGGAAGAGGACAUGGACAAGAGUGAGGUGGCUUCUGUGGCCUACAGGUACCGCCGCUGGAAGCUGGGGGAGGACAUUGACCUGAUCGUGCGCUGUGAGCACGACGGUGUGAUGACCGGGGCCAACGGAGAAGUGUCCUUCAUCAACAUCAAGACCCUGAACGAGUGGGACUCCAGGCACUGUAACGGGGUGGACUGGCGCCAGAAGCUGGACUCCCAGAGGGGGGCGGUCCUGGCCACCGAGCUGAAGAACAACAGCUACAAGCUGGCCCGCUGGACCUGCUGCGCCAUGCUGGCCGGGUCAGAGUACCUCAAGCUGGGGUACGUUUCCCGCUACCACGUGAAGGACUCAGCCCGCCACGUCAUCCUGGGCACCCAGCAGUUCAAGCCCAACGAGUUUGCCAGCCAGAUCAACCUGAGCAUGGAGAACGCCUGGGGCAUCCUGCGCUGUGUCAUCGACAUCUGCCGCAAGCUGGAGGAGGGCAAGUACCUGAUCCUGAAGGACCCCAACAAGCAAGUGAUCCGGGUGUACAGCCUGCCUGACGGGACGUUCAGCUCAGAUGAGGAGGAGGAGGAGGAGGAGGAGGAAGAGGAAGAAGAAGAGGAAGAUAUAGAGGAGAAUUAAGAUGUGGAGAGCAUGAACGUGACUAGAGCCCCUUGCAGAGAACGUCUUCUGGCUUUCAAAUAAAGAUCUGAGGGAA